UUUUUUUUUUCCCAACCCUGUGAUUUGCAUAAAAAUCCUCUCCCCAAUGCAACGGCUACAAACAGUACCGGAGUCUUCGUGACAGCAAGUAAUAACAAAACGGUAAAGGACAAGAGGAUCAUGUUUACGUCGACCCUAGCCCUUCUGGGCCUCAGUCUGGGACUUGUGGCUAAUGCUUUCCCCACACAACAGCCUGAAAACGGGAAGAACUGGGUGGUGAUUGUCGCUGGCUCCAAUAGCUGGUACAACUACCGACACCAGGCCGACGCCUGCCAUGCCUACCAGAUCGUCCACAAGAAUGGUGUUCCUGACGAGCAGAUUGUCGUGAUGAUGUUUGAUGACCUGGCGACCAAUGAGCAAAACCCCACUCCAGGGGUGGUGAUCAACCGACCCAAUGGGACAGACGUCUACAAGGGAGUCCCCAAAGACUACACUGGCGAGGCUGUUACCCCUGACAACUUCCUGGCUGUGCUGAAGGGUGACUCUGCCAGUACUAAGGGGGGUUCUGGGAAAGUGCUGAAGAGCGGUCCCAACGAUCAUGUGUUUGUUUACUUCACUGAUCAUGGUGCUCCUGGGCUGUUGGCCUUCCCCAAUGACGAUCUUCAUGUUGCCGACCUCAUGGCUGCCAUCAACUACAUGCACGAGAACAAGAAAUACGGAAAGUUAGUGUUCUAUAUCGAGGCCUGUGAGUCGGGAUCAAUGAUGACCAAGCUGCCUGCCGACAUCGAUGUGUAUGCCACCACUGCAGCCAACUCUCAUGAGUCGUCCUAUGCCUGCUACUAUGACGAUAAGAGGGAUACGUACCUGGGGGAUUGGUACAGCGUAAACUGGAUGGAAGACUCUGAUGUGGAGGACCUGAGCAAAGAGACGCUGAUUAAACAGUUCAAGAURGUCAGGAGCCACACCAACACCAGCCACGUCAUGCAGUUUGGAAACAAGACUCUGGCCCAUAUGAAGGUGAUGGCCUUCCAAGGUAAUGUCAAUGCCAAGCCUGCCACCCCCAUGACCCUGCAGCCCAUAGCGGAGCCAGACCUGACCCCCAGCCCUGAUGUUCCCCUGGCCAUCCUAAAGAGGAAAUUGAUGAGAUCCAACGACGUCUUUGCCACCAAGAAAUACUCCAGCAUGAUCACGUCACACCUCAAGGUGCGCGAGCUGCUGGCCGAGACCAUGCGCAGGGUGGUAGAGACGGUGACAGGAGAGGAGAUCAUGACCCAGAGGGUUCUGAGUGCCAAGCUGGAUCUGACCCAGCAUCAAUGUUACCAGGCUGCUGUCAACCACUACAAGACACGAUGCUUCAACUGGCAUAUCACUGAGUAUGAAUAUGCUCUGCGACACCUGUAUGCCCUGGUCAACCUGUGUGAGGGAGGAUACCCGACAGACAGUAUCCUGAUGGCAAUGGAGAGUGUGUGUCACUUCAACUAAAUGGAUCUGAAUGAACACCCCUCGGAUCAGGUUGCUGUGCCUCCAGACAGGAGGGUCUGAGACCACAACCACUUCUCUUUGCACUGACAAGGAAUCAAGUUUGACAAAUCUUUUUUUCACACUGAUAUACUAUUUUUUUCAUUUUUUUUUUUUUAAUGUUUGAUUUUAAACUUUUAUUCCCUGGAUUUAUUGAGACAUUUAAAUGUGUUUUUUAUUUUAUUUUUUAUGAUGAAUUGCACGAUCACUGUGAACGAUUUGUUUGUUUUACUCCUCUGAAUUUUAUGAAAACUGAAUCCAAUAUCAACAUUUUCUCCCUCUGGUGCCUGAAAUUAGUGGAUAUACUGUAAUUUAGCAAAACGGCCCUCCCGGCGAAGGAAAGGCAUCCUGCGUGAAAUUCUAUGAGAAACAGUGACCUACACUCUGAAUAACCUAAAAUGAUUAAUCCCAUAUUGGUCUUUCAGUCAGGCUAACCCAAGCUGUAGAAGUAGUGUAAUAGUAAGCCUACUAUUGAAACGGAUAAAUGAAGCUGUCAAAUGACUCAGAAAUUCACAUGUUUCAUAUACCCCCCUUCUCCCUGRACUUUUUAAUAGAACAUCAAUUUCUUUAGUUUUUCCAAGUCCAUAACAAUGCUUAAACCACAUCAGAAGACCACUUUUGAGGUCUGGUGAAAAAUCUAAGAAAUGUAGACUUGGGUGUAGCUAACCUCUUAAUUUAAAGUGCUCGGGCACCUGGCACUGUUUGGUUAGUAGWGUUUCUGUAGCCACUGGAUGAAUCUCCUUCUGCCAUGUAGGGAUAGCUAGCUUUAACAUUUUAAAUUGAGAAGGUUUUUGGGGAACAUGUCUUUCCAUCUACCAGAAGACUGUUGGGUUUGUCAUCAGCAUCGCUAUAUUUUUCCUUUUCAUUCAUUGUUUGAUACCUGGACAUUUCUCCUCAUAUGAGGCGUGUGUCUUACCCUGAUUCAAAGUAGCCUAUAGCCACAAUCCUAUUAGAAACCUGGAGGAAAUAAUUGUGUUCUACUGAAUUUUCUUUGUUUGUCCAGCAGACGGGCGUUAAUUAUCCUAGUCAUAUUAGCAACCCGUGAUACAUUUUUCUAACGGAUAAUUCUGUCCCUGAAAACGCGUGCAUGUGCGAAGCGCAUUUUUAGAAUGGUGGUUUAGCGCAAAUUGUACCUUCACAUGGGGGGGGGCGUGUGCACAUUGAAGCACCAAAAAUGUGACGAAAUGAUACAAAACAUUUAUGAUAUGUUCCAUCAGCCUUAUUAAUUGAUACGGCGUAUACCUACACCACUUUGAUAAGCAUCGUGGCGAUUUUAAGAAGUGAGGUAUAGGCAAUGCCCACUGAAGAGAGGAGGAAAGUGGGUAUACGGUUUAUACCUGCGUAUACCCUCCACUGCUGCUUAGGUGUUGGCUCUGCUAUACGCCAACAUGAGCCCGUUAUCAGGACUGUGAAUGACGGAGUAGGGUGACGUUGCCCCUAGACGCUGAUCAUGGGUCAGUCCCCCCCCCUAAUGGUUAGGAUUGGGAGAGGGGAAGCUGAUCCUAGAGAAAAGUUCACCCCAGAGCGUGACUGGCCUGUAACAGGGUUGAAUCCUACAGCGUCAUAAUCCACUCGCGUUAACCUCCAUGCAGACUCCUGUAAAGGCUCAGGAUACGGUGUUGUCACAGGGAUGUUAAACUAAAACCUUGAUAGUCAGAACAAAAUGUAAAGGACUUGUGGCCCGCUUUAGUGUACACAAGGUGUAGCCCACCACAGCCAUGAUGAACAAAUAUAACACAUGGACUCCAGAUUAUUAUUAUUAUUGCUUUUAUACAACUGGUUACCAGCCUUAAAGUAAGUUUCUUUCCCAAACCAUUUACAUUUAAGAAAGAGUGAUACUACAUUCACUAACACUUGUUGUCAAGUGCAAUUUUUAGGUGUUCUCUGGUUGUUAGUUCUAUUCUCAUUUGACUGGAAUGUAAACAAAACUUCCCAAACGCUGAUUUGGUAGCAACCUGCAAAGUUCUAGAACUAUGGCAAACAAUGGUUGCUAUGGAGACUCAAUCACUACAGACUGAAAGCUGAAUAGACUUCACACUAGCUGCAUGUGUAUGUUGUCUAUCAUGGGCAGGCUAGACUCUCUUAACAAUAGGGAUUCCAAACCAAAGGUUGUAUAUUAUGAAUUACCAUAGUGG